AUGACCUCAAGCACCAGCAGCAGCAGCAUCACGACGGCAGACGGCCCCGAGCAGCAGCAGCAGCAGCUGGGCGUGCGCGUGCCCUGGGCCAAGCUCCGCGCGUGGAUCGACGCCCAGGAGGCCCACGAGAGGGAGCGCGGCGGGCCCGCGCCGCUGACGCAGGGCCAGCUCGAGGCGCUGUCGGUGCUCGUCUCGUUUGGCGAGGAGCCCGACGUGGGCGGGCGGAGCCAUGUCAGCGAGCUGAUGGAGACGCUCCAGGCGCGGCAGCUGCCCCUGCCCGUCUUCCAGAGCAUGCCUGUCAACCUGCCCGUCAGCGGCCACAUCCAGCUCAUGUGGCGGUGCAUCGCAAAGCAGUAUGCCGCAAAGUUGGCGAUGCAGUGCAUCAAGGGAGAAACGGGCCAGGCCGUCUCUGCCUCCCCAGCUUGCUCUACUUCUGCUGCUGUUGUUGCUCCUAGUACUACUCCCACUGCUCCCAACCAUGCAUCUUCUCUAGCCCCCCCUCCUGCGACGGCCAAGCGGAAAACCGCCCCGACCUCCCGCUCGCCAACUCCAUCCUCCACGCCAAACCCGCCCGCUCACAAGUCCAAACGAGACGACUCCCCCAACCCGCCGCCGCCCGACUCCUCGUCCGGGGACAUCACCACCGCCACGUCGCCCUCGCAGCACCGCGCCGUCAUGCCCACCAGUCCAGACAGCGGCAGAGACAGCAGCGAGGAUGUCUCCCCUGCCUUGGGUGCCGACUCCAACGGCGUCUUCAAGCAGGUCGCCGACCUCGCCGGGCGACUCGGCCUCGAUGCGCCUGCCUACCGCCUCGAGCCGGACCCGCAGAUGCCCGGCUUCUUCGACGGGCGCGCCGUGUUCCGCAGCGGAGGGCGCACGCCGCCCGAGGGUGUGGGCGCCGUCACGGCCGUGCUGGGCAGGAGGGAGGCCCGGGUGCUGGUCGCGGAGGGGGUGCUCGCGUGGCUGCGCGAGGAGCACCGCGCGAGGGAUGCCAUGGUGCAGAGCCUGUGGGGGACGGGGCCGUGA